AUGGCACCUCCGGUAGCUAAGUUUCUGUCCAGAAAAUUGAAAGAGGCCAUCAAGGGGGCUUCGGAAAGCAAACUUGCUUUUGAUAAUCUUAACGAGACCGCCAACCCCGACAUGGUAGUUCUUUGGAAGGCAGAGGAGGCAUUGGCUCAUGCAAACAGAGCAGAGGAUCCUACGGCUAUGGACAUCUAUGAGGUCCGGUUGGAAAGGGGCAAGUCGCCAACAAAGAAACAGCAGGAAUUGCGCCUGUUGCAGGCUCAAAAUCGCCCUGAACAUCCGGUCAUCAACCCUCCCAGUCGACGAGGAGCCGCCACUUGGCUCACAACCGGUCUUACCAUAGAGGAAUCCCAAAUAUCUCUCUGCAAGGAUGUGAGAAGUUUGCGAAUGCACCCAAUGGACAUGCAACUGUUGAGAGUGGCUCGAUGCCGGGAUAAGCUUCACACUCAGAUCACGAGCUUUCUCGAGAUGUCACCUACUUAUCUCGGAGUCGGAGUCAAUGUCAAUGACCCGGAUUGUCCGGUUACCGUUUGUAAUUCACUCGAUGAUUGUGAAGAUUACUCCAAUUUUGAUGAAGAUCAAAAUCCUGAUCCGGACGUACACAAUACUUCCAUAUUUCAACCGGAGCUCACUGUCAUACCCCUACCAUCCAACAUUGGUCAGGCCAAUGACGCACUGCAUGCCAUUAGAGUUCAUUUAGGAGAUAAAGCUGUUUUAUUCCGCAAUACUGUCCGGUCAGCCAAGUCACAGGCUUCAUCUACUAGGGCAUGGACUCGAGUUCGCUCAGUUGAAACAGCAGUCAAUCUCCAUGCUCGUAUAUAUUCGAAAUGCCGGUCGCAACUGGCCAAACUCCCUGACCAUGACCUCUUGAAGAAAUACCUUCCUUUGAAGAAAGAAGACCUGAAAGCCAGCUCUGCGGUGGCCGAUCCAAAUGCACGUGGUCAGAGAGAUACCACUCUUUCAUGGUUCUGGUCCUUGGAUGUUCAGGGAGACACAUCAGGAAAUGACUGGAUGACUGAAUUUUACCGGGUUAAUUGGCUCCUGGACGAAAGCACUGCGUGA